GUAGGCUGCCGUAAGACGCGCUCCGAAAAAAAAAUCAUCGUCUUGUAAUAGAGCGUUGAGGAAAGAUCCUUUUCCCAUAAAAGAUGGGUUCGGAGAUGAGCGCAAAGGAAGGAAGUGAUUACCAAAAUGGAAAUGUCAAAAAGGACGAUGAUUUGUACGAAAAUGGCGCAGACGAAAAUGAUCGAGAUAGAGAAGGUAAAGCAGCUCAAGACAUGGGGAGUAAAUAUAAAAAUGGCGAUAUUCGCAGCAGAAAACCGGUUAAAGCGGGAAGUAGGACAAAAGCUGAGCUGAGGAAAGCAAUUCUAAAAACUAAACAACCAAGCAUGAACGAACAGCAUAAACCUAUCGCCAUUCCAAAGUGGCUCUCCCCAAUUUAUUCUGUUGUGAUGUUUGUGGAAAAUACUUUGCCUUCGAGGUUCAGACGACUGCUUGUUUUUCUGACCAUUGUCGGGCUUGCAUUUGGAACCAGGCUGUUCAGUGUGACACUGCCACCUCAUAUCUGUUGGGAUGAAACUCAUUUUGGCAAACAUGCUAAUUACUACCUCAAAGGAGAAUUCUUUUUUGAUGUUCACCCACCAUUAGCAAAGAUGUCAAUUGCCUUGGCUGGAUAUCUUAGUGGCUAUAAUGGUUCAUUCCCGUUUGAUAAACCUGGUGAUAAUUAUGGAGAGAACAGCUAUGUGGGGAUGAGAUUGUUUUGUGCAAUAUUGGGUGCCCUGUGUGUACCACUUGCUUAUCUUACUGUGUGGGAGCUAACAAAGUCAACAGGCGCUUCCCUUCUGAGCACGGCAUUCAUAGUCUUUGAUCAUGGAUGCCUUACAAUAUCACAGUACAUUUUACUGGAUCCAGUUUUAAUGUUUUAUAUUAUGUUAUCAACUUAUUCCUUUACCAAGUUUCAAAACUGCAAAAAUGUUCCUUACACCUUUGAGUGGUGGGCUUGGAUGGCAGCAUCUGGUGUAUUUUUGUCUUGUGCAUUUAGCUGCAAAUGGGUUGGUUUGUUUGUGAUUCUGUGGGCUGGUAUUACAACAGUUUUAAAUCUUUGGGAUCUUUUAGGAGAUCUGUCUUUGUCUCUGUUUGAGAUUGGUAAACACUUUAUGGCUCGAGUGCUUUGUUUGAUUAUGAUCCCCAUCUUUGUGUACCUCUUUUGGUUUGCUGUUCAUUUCAAGAUGCUGCCAAAAACUGGACCAGGUGAUGGGUUCUUCAGUUCUGCCUUUCAGUCAACUCUACAAGGAAAUGUUCUUUACAAGAAUGUGGUACCUGCAGACCUUGCUUUUGGUUCAAUCGUUACACUAAAAAACACUAGAGCAGGAGGAGCUCUUUUACAUUCACAUCAUCAUCUUUACCCCAAAGAACAUCCUCCUGAGCAGCAACAGAUUACUUGCUACUCUCACAAAGAUGACAACAACAAAUGGUUGGUGAAAAAGGCCUAUGAAGAUUACAAUGAUCAACUACCUAUUGAAUACCUCAAGAAUGGAGACUGGAUCAGGCUGGAGCAUGUUGGAACAAAGAGAAAUCUUCACAGUCAUCAAGAAAAAGCACCACUCACCACUCAUCAUAAUCAAGUAACAGGUUAUGGAGAUAGUGGGAAAGGAGAUGCUAAUGAUUUUUGGCGUCUUGAAGUUGUGAGUGGUGAAGGUGAAGAUGGACGAAUUAAGACUGUGAAGACAGUUUUCAGACUUGUUCAUGUCAACUUGGGCUGUGCUCUUCAUGGAAGUACCCAGGUCCUACCAAAAUGGGGAUGGGAGCAGCUUGAGGUCACCUGCAAUCCCAUUGUACAUCAUUCACAUAACCUUUGGAAUGUUGAGGGUCAUGAAAAUGAAAGAGUUCCAAAAUCUGCAUCAGACUUUUAUAAGCCUUCAUUUCUUGGUAGUGUCUAUGAAUCACAUGUUGUCAUGGCUCAGACCAACUCUGGAUUCAAACCAAAGGAAGGGGAAGUGACGUCACAACCCUGGCAGUGGCCAAUUAACUACCGGGGUCAGGUAUUUUCUGGUGCAGAUUAUCGUGUCUAUCUCCUUGGCAAUCCAGUUAUUUGGUGGUACAUAUUGGGAAUUAUGUGCUUGUUUGGCCUGCUGUAUUGUUUCCAUGCUGUAAGAACACAAAGAGGCUUCAUUGAUCCACCUGUAGAACAAGCUCGUAGGAAAAGAAUGGAGUCAGCCUCUGGUUGGUUGUUCCUUGGUUGGGCCUUGCAUUAUUUUCCCUUUUAUGCCAUGGGUCGAGUGUUGUACUUCCAUCACUAUUUUCCUGCUUAUCUCUACAGUGCCAUGAUGGCUGGUAUAGUGAGCCAAUAUUUGUGCAAAUCAGUAGCUAUGCUUCCAAAGCUUGAAAAGUUUAAAGAGAUGGUUUACUACAGUACUAUAUGCUUGCUUCUGGCUGGAUGUAUCAUCAGUUUCUGGUUAUUCCGAGGACUCUCCUAUGGCAUGUCUGGCCCCAUGGCUCAUCUUCCUGACUCAACUGCUGCAGUCUACAAGUGGAUGGACAGCUGGGAGGUGUAGCAUGUUGCAAAAGACCAACUAUUUAUACCACAAGGAUGCAACAAAUGAUCCAAUUGUAUAUACAUUUGGGAUAUAAUUUAUCUUGUGUGUAUAGACCUUAUUUUUUACAAGACCUAUGCCUUUCAAAUUCUUUAAGUAGAUAGGAAAGGAAAUUUUAGAAAGUACAGUUUUGCAAGGACAUGAAAAUGCCAAACUCUGAUUGUUUGGAUCAAAGGAAUGGAGAGAGAGGGAGAGGGAGAGGUGGAGGGAUGAAAAGGUAUUUAUUGUGAUGAUAACUGGAAUAAAUUAGACCUUUCAACACAUUUCACAUCGAAAAAAACCCCUUUGUUCUAGAAAUAGUAUAAUUUAUUGUGAUGAUAACUAGAAUAAAUAGGACCUUUCAGCACAUUUCACUCAGAGAAAAAUAUUUUUCUUAUCUAUGUGAUAUUGAUAUCCACCAACCAAACCAGUCUGUUCUGGGAAAGUGCUUUUUUUUAAGUCAGUGAAGUGGGAAUCUUAGGUAUUCUUAUCUCUUCUGGAGAAUUUGGUAGUGAAGAGGUGAAGGUGAUUAUGACUGUUAGUUCAUUAUGUUGAUUAUGCUGAUGAUGGUGAUAUAAUGACAAUGCAACAACCACCACAACAAAUUUACUGUGUUGACCAGUAUAACACAUUUAAAAGUUUUUUAUUCACCAUUUGUACAUAUUCAUUCAAGUAUUACCAAAUUUGGGAAAUGCAUGACUGUCAUGUAUUACCUGAGGUCAGACAGGUUCAAAUUUUCAAGGUAUUUUUACCGAAAACAAAAAUAACAUGUGAAAAUUCAAUUUAGUAGGAAAUAUGUUAUCAAUGAGGUGCAUCAGGGUAAAUUAAGAGACAACCAAUUCAGGACAAAUCACUAGUCUACAGUUUGCCUCUAUUAUUACUUUGUAAGAGCUCGCAUUUACUAGUAAUGAUUACCAUUUAUUAAAUUGUCAUGUAAGAAUAAAAAUAAAAGAAGUUUAAAUGUA